AAAUUCGUUUUAGACAAUGCCAUCUUGUGGUUAUAUGAUGUGACUUACAGCCACGGGACCGGGCAAAGGGGGGGAGGGCGCUAAUUUAGAAGGAUUGAACUCCGACCUGCAGAGGGCGCCGCUCCUUUUCUCCAACACCACUUCCGGUGGAUUGCGUAGUCUGAUCUUCCUGUCGGUGCGAACUCGCAAGAGAUGUAAAUGUCUGAGGAUCAGGAAGCACAGGAGGAUGAGUUGCUGGCCCUAGCGAGCAUCUACAAUGAGGAAGAAUUCCGGAGAUCAGAGUCCACUCAGGGGGGCGAGAUCCAGCUCUGCCUGGAGCUCGCUAAGGAUUUCAAAAUAUACUUGAAAGGGGGAAAACAAACAGAAUAUGCUGUGUCUUUUCUACCUCCUCUGGUCCUGAACUUUGAACUUCCCCUGGAUUACCCAUCAACCUCUGCGCCUGCCUUUACCCUGAGCUCCAAAUGGCUGUCAAGGGCACAGCUGACAGCGGUGUGCCGGCGCCUGGACGAGUUGUGGGAGGACAGUCGGGGCACCGUGGUCCUCUUCUCCUGGAUCCAGUUCCUCAAAGAGGACCUGCUCAGCUUUCUGUCCAUCGAGUCCCCGCUGGAGAUCAGCAGCCCUGCCAGGGCCCCCCCGGAGCGGACGAAGGGCGAGGCGGACGCCGAGAAGGGCACCGGGAAGGACCUGCCGGACCCGCGGGCCGUGGUGGACGUGGACCCGCGCGAAGACAUCCUGACACGGCUGCUGGACUUUGAUGAGGCACAGCGGCAGAGGGUCUUCGACGGCAGGGUGUACAGCUGUGGCAUCUGCUUCGCCGAGAAGCUGGGCUCCGGCUGCCUCAACUUCAAGGAGUGCGCUCACGUGUACUGCCGGGCCUGCCUUGGCCAGUACUUUCAGAUCCAGAUCCGGGACGGCAAUGUCCAGUGCCUUAACUGCCCCGAACCCGAGUGCAGCUCUGUGGCCACACCCUCGCAGGUGAAGCUUCUGGUCGGGGAGGAGCUCUUUGCCCGCUACGACCGUCUCCUGCUCCAGUCCAGCCUGGAUCUCAUGGCGGACGUGGUCUACUGUCCGCGCAAGAUGUGCCACUCGGCCGUGAUGACGGAGCCCAACGCUACCAUGGGGAUCUGCCCUUCCUGUCAGUUUGCUUUUUGCGUGCUCUGUAAAAGGGCCUACCACGGGGUGUCCGAGUGUCAGACCACGGCAGCAGGGUUCUUGGCGAUGCUUCCUACCUUCGAAUGUUCGGCAUGUUCUGCAGAGGAGCUUCAGAGCCUGAGGGAAGACUACCUGUCCGCCAGUGCCGAGGGGAAGAGGUUCCUGGAGCAGCGUUAUGGGAAGAUGGUGAUCCAGAGGGCCAUCGAAGAGUCCUUCAGCAGAGAGUGGCUGGAUCAGAAUUGCAAGGGCUGCCCCCGCUGUGGUACCAACAUACAGAAGAUAGAUGGCUGUAACAAGAUGACCUGCACCUCCUGUAAGCAGUACUUCUGCUGGCUGUGCCUCAGCCUGCUCACCCACGGCAAUCCGUACAGUCAUUUCAAUAAUACGGCAUCUCCGUGCUACAACCGGCUGUUCCAAGGAGUCAAUAUGAAUGAUGAAGGCGAUGUAUGGAGCGAUGAAGAAGAUUAGCAGUCAAGAUACUGGCUCCAGAGUUUCCUUAUUCUCCUUGCACUUUAGGAUGCUUGUUAUGUUAUAUUCAAUAUUGAGAUGAUUAAAAAACAUCUAUAUUACUUUUUUAGUUUCUACUAAAUGAUUAUUUUAGAAGAACAUCUAUUAUAGUAAAACAGGGGACGAUUAUACUGAUGAUUAUGACAUUUUUAUGUAUGAAAAUACAGAUGUGUUCAGUUUGCACAAGAAUAGUCUCUGUCCACAGCUGCUUUGCAGUCCUGUUCUGCUUCUCAAAAGAUAUUUAAGCGUUUCGUUAUCUUUCUGUUGCUAGGGGAACCUUACUGUAGGCGCUGAACAUUGAACUGAGGCUAAACAGAUGUGGGGAAAAAAGGGGUAUUGCGCUAACGUGCUGGGUAUUUCAACAAGUGUGGCUGUGUUCGAAAUGCCCAAGUAGCUAAUAUGUAAACAUUAGCAAUAGGGAUGGUGAUAAAAAUACACCGAAUCGGAGACAUGGAACCCGGGAAUGUGGAGGAUUGUUGCAUUAAUGUAGGAUUUUAUUGUAGCUGUGUCCUUUAAGUGGUCACGUUGUGAAGGUGAGUGCAUUUGGAGUGUAAUUAUUCGGCAAAGUGAGUGGGAUGUGGACAGGCUGACUGCACACCCAGUGAGUAUCUCCUGAGCAGGUACCUCUCUCUUUGUUAUUAGUUUGACCCUUCCUGUAUGUACUCUUACACGUGCAUGGGAUUGGUAUCCCAGGCUCAGGUUAAUUCUGCCUUGGCCUGAGAGAACCUCAGCGUGAACACAAACACACAUGCCUCACUAUCCUUGGCCGGCUUGCCACAGGCUCAUCUUAGGCCCUGACCACAUUCAGGGGAGUACCUAGAAAUUCUGCCCCCUGACAAAAUGACACCUUGAGCCCGCCCUGCCCAUAUUUUACAUAUAAUGUUACGUAUUCCAGGGCUGCAACCCCCCCCCCCGAAUCUGUCAGGAUAUCCAUGCCCCUCUGACACGCCUCACCACAUGUGACUACUCAGAGUGAUCAGAGCAGUUGUUUUUUUUUUUUUGGUUGGGGGAGGGGGGGUGGAGGUGUUCUCCAGCUGUCAAGUAAGUCUAGCAUGGAGACUAAGCAAGGGAAGGGGGCAUCAAGGUGGUGGGGGGGACGGGGACGUUUUAUUAAAUUAGGUUUCUGCUAAGAGUAAUACAAGCAAAUACUACAGAUCAAGCAAGGAAGACAUCAGUAAACCAGGUAAUGGUUGUAUAUCUGCAUGGUACUGAGACUGGAUGUCGUGGCUCAUCCUGCAUCGUGGAUCCCACACAGUCACUGUCAAACCAGCAGCUAUUUACAGACCAGGGCCCUGGGUUUUGAAUCAGCCAUCCAACGGCACCGGGUGUUAUCAUAUGUAAACCGGACUGCUCCCUUAAGAAAGGGAUCCCAACAAAGCAGAGGAACUCUGUAAAAGGUGCCAAUUGAAAUAAAUAUACUUUGUGUUUAA